UGCUUUCACUUCCAUGAAAAGCUGUUACAAUACAUUUGUUACUGAUCUUUUUUUGUUUGUUUCUAAAAGAGACAGUAUUUUGAAAUUGUAAGAUUUGGAUUACAGAUCUCUGGCCAUGUGUGGACAUGUGGUUUACCUGAUCCUUAUACUGAAUCAGUUUAAUCUUUUUGAAACGUUAUGGCCUGAAUUCUAUCCAUGUGAAAAUCACAAUACCAAUGAUGGACAUACAAAUGUGGACUGCCAGCAAAGACGUCUCACUAAAAUUCCUAUAUUCAAAUCCCUCUCUGUUAUAUCGCUCAACUUAAAUAAAAACCAUAUACAGCAGGUUAAAGGUGAAGCAUUUUCUGGCAUUCCCAAUCUUAAGUAUCUGAGUUUAAUGUGGAACUGUGUGCCAGAUCAUCUUAAAGAGCGGAGAUGGCCUUCGUGCAACCUGAAGAUUGAUCGAGAUGCAUUUGUCGGCCUUAAGAACCUAACCUCCCUCCAGUUAGCAGGAAACAGCCUAAAGACCAUUCCUCCUCUUCCAAAGCAACUUGUGGUUUUGGGACUAGAAUUGAACAAUAUUUUUCACAUCGAAAAACCUCUGGGUACACAGCAACUAAAAGAACUAUUGCUGAGCAAGAAUUGUUUCUACGCAAACCCGUGUUAUCAAUCUUACUUCAUCGACCCAUGUGUCUUUCAAGAACUUCCUGAGCUCUUGAACUUUAGCCUUAGUUACAACAAUGUGAGCAAUGUUCCACAACAUCUUCCACCCUCACUGGAAAGUCUGGACCUGGGGGAGAACAAGAUCACAAGUAUCAGGAAAGAGUCUUUUAUGAAUCUUACACGCUUGCGCCACCUUAACCUGGGCUGGAACUGCCAAAGAUGUGACCAUGCUUCUGAGCCCUGUUUCCCAUGCCCGAAUAAUCAAUCUCUGGAUCUGCAUCAGGAUGUAUUUUUGAAUCAGAGAAACUCUCUUAUAAGUCUAAGUCUGCGAGGCAACUCACUUCGUACUCUCCCCCAAUACCUCUUUGCCCAACUACACAAUCUUAGAGAACUUGAUCUGUCUGACAAUUUGUUAGCCUACACCAUCCAGAAUGGCACCUUUUAUGAGGAGCUCAAGAAUGUUGUAACCCUUAACCUUCUUUAUAACUACGAACCCCUAAACACCUUCUCCGAAUUGGUCCUGUCACCCUCAAUAGAGAAGAUGACAGCUCUAAAAGAGCUUUAUCUGAGUGGAUUAUUCUUCAAAGUACUAUCAAACCACAGCAUCGCACCUCUGGUCAAACUGCCAAGACUUGAGUCCCUGGAGUUACGCACAAACUUUAUCUGCUCAAUUAACAUCAGUGCAUUCACACAGCUGAGAACAUUAAGGUGGGUGGGCCUUUCCCAAAACAUGCUUGCUUUCAGUUCAUGCUAUUCAACCUGCACUUCUGAAGCUAUACCAACAUACCACAGACAGCUCAACCUGCAAAUUCAAAAAGUCCCUGCGCCAACUUCAGAGCUGUGGUCGAACACUGUGCAUGGCUCUGAAAUAUCUUCCUGUCCUUUUUAUUAUUCAAUGUGGCAUUUCAAAAAACAGAUCUGCUCUAAGAACCUGUUUUUUGAUCUGUCUCAAAACAACAUCCCAUGGUUGAAUGCAAGUACUUUCAAAGGCAUGGAAGAAGCUGUAUGCAUAGAUUUGUCCUACAACUACAUAAGUCAGACUUUAAAUGGCCAUCAGUUCUUAUAUCUAAGCAAACUAGCUUACCUAAAUAUGGCACACAACCGUAUUGAUCUGUACUCUGACAAAGCCUUCAAGGAGCUAAGCGGCACCCUUAAAGCCCUUGACCUCAGCAACAACGAAUUCCACUUUGUAAUGAAGGGUAUGGGACAUCGCUUCACAUUCCUGUCUCACUUGUCAUCUCUUGAAAUACUGAGUCUGUCAAACAAUCACAUUGGUCUUCGAAUCUCUAAUAUUCUUACUAGUACCUCUCUGAAGUAUCUUGUUUUCUCUGGCAAUCGUUUGGACAUAAUGUGGGACUCCAGGCGUGAUCAGUAUAUACAUUUCUUUCAGGGUCUUACUAACCUUACACACCUGGACAUUUCUGCAAACCAGCUAAAGUCAUUUUCCCCAGAGGUAGUUAUCAACUUGCCUCCAAACCUCCAAGUGCUUAGGCUGGACUCCAACAUGCUGAGUUCCUUCCCCUGGGGCAACAUCUCAGUUCUCAAACAUCUCUGCUACCUAAAUCUUAGUGAAAACAUUCUUUCUUUCUUACCCAAUAUCCAUUUUGACCUUAAUCUUAGAAGCCUGGACUUAAGUCACAAUCGACUAGUUACAAUCCCCAAGGCUUUUCUUAGUCAGGCAAAAUACCUUAAAAACCUAAUGAUUAACCACAACCAGUUGAAGAUCCUUGAUGUGAAUGCUCUUCCCUUGUCUUUCCACAAUGGAAAAACUAUAUGCCCUGCUGAGCAGCUUAAAAAUAAGUCCUCUUGCAAACUUGUGCUGCAUACCAAUCCUUUUACUUGUAGUUGUGUUACCUCAGGCUUUGCCAAAUUUCUCAGAGAAACUGAUUUGGAUGUCCCACAUCUCACCACACAUGUUCACUGUGCUUAUCCAGAGUCACUUGCUGGAGUGAAUGUCCUAUCCGUAGAUCUUCGCUCCUGCCAAGAAAUAUUUGGGAGUGUUGCUUUCCUCUGUACCUCAUUGUUAACAAUGGCAUUAACCAGCAUUCCCCUCCUGAAACAUCUCUAUGGCUGGGAUCUUUGGUACUGUAUCCAGAUUCUAUGGACUGGACACAAGGGACACACUCCAGCUAAUGCUAGCAUGGCGGACAGCCACUACGAUGCAUUUGUUGUCUUCGAUACAAGUAACAUGGCAGUCAGAGACUGGAUCUACAAGGAGAUGAUCGUGGGUUUGGAGAGAAGGGGGAGAUGGCGCUUCCGGCUUUGUCUAGAGGAACGUGACUGGUUGCCAGGAGUAUCGUGCAUAGAGAAUCUCCAUAAGGCAGUUUACAACAGCAGAAAGACAGUGUUUGUACUGACCAGCCCAAGUGGCUAUUCUGAUGCCAGUGGAGUGGUCAAACAAACCUUCCUCCUGGUUCAGCAGAGGCUUCUUGAUGAAAGGGUUGAUGUUGCAGUUCUAGUUCUGCUGGAUGCUCUCUUUCCAAAAUUUAAAUACCUUCAAAUGAGGAAACGACUCUGCAAGAAAUCAGUUCUGUCCUGGCCAAAGAACCCACGAGUGCAGCCUCUCUUCUGGAAUGACCUGCGCGUCGCUCUUGUCUCUGACAAUGUAAAAGCCUACAACAAGAACGUCACAGAGAGCUUCUUCUAAGAUGUUUUUUGUAGUCCCAGUUUUAUAGUUUUGGAUGUGAUUAAAUGAGCAAUGUAAAUAUUCGGAAAAUAGUAAGAAAUAAAGAUACUGAAUAUAAAUCAAUUUCUGCUAACCUCCAGCAGUCUCAGUGAUAGACAAAAUGACACAAAGUCAGAAAACAUGCAUGAAUGUUCUCAAUAAAAGUAUGGACUGAGUGUCAUAUAGGAUAGAUAAACUCAUUCUUAAAUUGCCUGGUCUCUGAUGUUUACUAGACUUAAUCUAGCUUGUAAAUUUUUAUCUAGCUUAUUUUAAAUUGAUUCUAAACAUGUUCCAUCUCCAUCCAUAUUAUCUGGACUUCUAUACACUAACAAGUUUUUCACUGGGGCGUUAAGUAAUAUUGUACUUCAUUACUGUACUUGAAUGUUUUUUGUUGAAUUUGUACUUUAAUCUGGUUCUAUUGUAUUGAACUGAAUUAAUUUCCAAGCAAAAAAAACAAUUGUAACAUUGUUCUGCUUA